AUGGCAGUCCCUCAGCGUACGCUGACAUGGCUGUACUCUGUGCUCUGCAAGGACCAUUACGAUCCGAAGCAGACCUACCAUGAUCCCAAUCGGACGUACCAGGAUGUCGCCAAUACGCUAGCCCAGUAUCCUACAAUCUCACCUCGAACCGACGUCUACACCUACGAGAAUGGCUUCUCCGCGCUUCUCCUGCAUCUGGUCGGCACAGUCCCCGUCUCCUUUCGCGGCACAACAUAUCGAUUCCCAGUCGCGCUUUGGAUCCCUAAUACGUAUCCUCGAGAGCCUCCGAUGGUGUACGUCACGCCGACUCAGGACAUGGCAAUUCGCGUGGGGCAACAUGUCACACUGGAGGGACGAGUCUAUCACCACUAUCUGGCGCACUGGGCGGAGUCGUGGGACAGGUCGAACAUCUCCGAACUGAUCUCUGUUCUGAGAGAAGUAUUCGCCAAGGAGCCCCCCGUUCGAUACAAGCAGCCUGUGCCUCCUCAACCGCAAUCGCCUCAAAUAUCACUUCGGACACCACCUCCAGUGCCACCACUGCCAGGGGCUGCAGGCCAUCCUCCCAGCCAACCUCAAAGUCCAGCAUAUGCGCAAGGUUCGAGUCGAUCGGCCAAUCUGCCCCCGCAGUUACCACCGAAGCCGAAUUCUGGAACCAGUUCCGCAAGCGCUCAUCCGGCACCCACGCCUGCGCCAGCAGCAGAUCAUCGGUAUCAAUCACCGCCGCCUUUGCCUCCUUUACCACCAAAAGGGAACGAGACGUUGCGGCAUUCUUCGAUGGGCCAGGCGACGGCGCCGUACUCAGGAUCCCGCUUCUCGCAGCAAUACAGCCAAGAUCAACCGCCUCCACAAGUCCCUGUAUCAUCUGCACCAGCUCCAUACUACAGAGCUGGUCCAGGUGGUGACUCGGUCUCAGCCAGUCCUUACACGCCUCGUGGACCAGCCCCGACUCAAUACUCACCGCAACAGCUACAACCGCCAUAUGCCCAAUCGCCGCCUGCCUCGGCGCAUCCACUGCAUCCCGUGCAUCCAGCGCACAUUCCAGGAACCCAGCCUGCGACGAGCCAACCGACGCCGCAGCCGCAGUUGCAGCCUCAUCCUCAAGCUGCACGACAGGGACACCCUCCUCCACUUCCAGUAUCAUCAGCUCAUCCACCUACUACUGCCCAUUCCCAUGUUCAAGUGGCAGUACCGCCGCCAAAGAAGGAUGCUCCCGACCUCCUCACUUCCCCAUUUGAAGUCGAACUGCCAGCAAUUGCUCCUACCGGUCCAGCACCCCCUAUCCCGCCCAACCCCGAGAAAGACGCUCUCCUCCAUGCAAUCUCCCAUACACUCGUGCAGACCCUGAAUCAGCACGCAACCCAGUCCGACUCGGCCGCGCAAUCUCUCGUCGCACAAUCGCGCUCCCUCCAAGCUGCCAUGUCCACACUCCAGGGCGAAGUCGCCGCCUUGAACUCGCUCCACUCGGCCUUACAAUCCAACACCUCCAUUCUCCAACAGGCUCUGCAUCGCGCGGACGCCACCAUCGCCGACGCCCAAACCCGCGCAGCCGGUGGCCACUCUUCCAGCACUGGGUCGUCAUCCACUGCCGCAGGUCCAUUAGAUUUGUAUUCACAUUCGCAGUCUGGUCUUCCACCCAUCGAUGAGGUUCUCGUUGCGCCUACGGUGGUAGGCAAACAACUGUACGACCUGGUCGCAGACGAGGAAGGUCUCCAACACGCCUUGUACGCAUUGCAGUCGGCGCUCGUGCGCGGCGUAAUUGGAGUUGAUUCGUGGUCUCGGCAUACGCGCAGUCUGGCACGUGAAGCGUUUUUGAAGCGCGCUUUGAUUCGCAAGAUCGGUCGUGGAAUGGGGUUGGAAGAAGGCGUUGCUGGUGCUUGA